ACGCGGACGGCCGCCAGUUGGCUAACGAACGACAUCGACUCGACACGGGAAGCUUCGCGGUCCGCGCCCUCCCCCUUACCUACCACCCCUACCCCGAAGACACACACGAUCUGACGGGGACGACUAUCGAGACAAUUCGGUGGUCACGAAGAAAAUAAGCUGGUUGAAAGUCACCCAGCUAAGCGUCUCUCUGCUCGCUCGUUACUUCUUUGUCUUUUUUUUUUUUCCUUUUCUUUUCUUGUUGUUCGGCGCGUACGUAAUUCCUUUUAGCUCCGUCGGCUAACUGAGCUCGCUGGAAAAGAGAAGGCCCGGGGCGUCGCGUUGUGUGUGUGUGUGUGUGUGUGUGUGUGUGUGUGCGUGCGUGUGUGCGUGCGUGCGUGAGAGACACUUGCGUCGGUUCAUUCGGAGCGAGGCCCCGGCAGCGUCUUGACAUAUCACGGCCGGCCUUCAUCGCUCGGAUCGGCUCCCAGCAGCAGCAGCCCGACGGAAGGAUGGCUUUGAAACGGAUUAACAAGGAGCUUCACGACCUGGCUCGCGACCCACCGGCGCAGUGCUCCGCCGGCCCCGUUGGUGAUGACAUGUUUCACUGGCAAGCCACAAUCAUGGGCCCUAGUGACAGUCCAUAUCAGGGAGGUGUUUUCUUCUUGACUAUUCAUUUUCCAACAGACUAUCCCUUCAAACCACCCAAGGUUGCGUUCACGACGAGAAUCUACCACCCAAAUAUUAACAGUAACGGCAGUAUCUGUCUGGACAUUCUCAGAUCACAGUGGUCUCCAGCACUUACCAUUUCUAAAGUUCUUCUCUCCAUUUGCUCGCUGCUAUGCGACCCCAACCCCGACGACCCGCUAGUGCCAGAGAUUGCACGAAUCUACAAAACAGAUAACUCCAAGUACACCAAAAUGGCAAAAGAAUGGACACAAAAAUAUGCAAUGUGAUGGAGGGAAAAAAAUUGUCUUGUGGGGGGUUUGGUGCAUUUUUUUUUGGUUCAGACUGAAAAAAAAGUUUCUUUUUUCACUCAUAUUUUUUUUUGUUUAAUGCAGAGCAUUUUAAACCCCUCCCCUUCUCGUUUAUUUGUUUUUCUCUCCUUCACCCGUGCACUAAUAGAGUUUUUCUCUCAGGACACGCGGUGACAGUUUUCCCAAGGAAUUUUUUUUUUUCUUCUCCAUUGUUGCAAACGCACACAAAACAGUUUGAGCAUGCACCAUUAGCCAUCACACACACAGAUUAAUUUGGCAAACAAAAGAACUACCUGAGAACCUGGCUUCCUGUGACCAGAAAGCUGCGUCGUGCCAUUAGCAUAGGAAGCAGUUAGCCGCGGAAAAAAAGCGUGUACAGAAGAAGCACUGCAGUUCGGAGAUCAAAAUAUUAAGUACCUCAAUGUUGUAUUUUAUGCAUGUUAAUAAAAAAAUAAUAAUGGUAGGCUACUAUAUCCAAUACACGGAAGAAUUUGGUUGCCCCCUCCGAGGCGUUGGAUGACUUCUUUUUUUUUUAUUUUUUUUUUUAUUUCCCCCCCGAUCUCUAGAAGCCAGUUAGAUGAGCGUUUGGCUUGCGCCCCACACACAAACUGUUUUCUUGUAGCCCCCCACAAACUAUGUAUAAUGUUACGCCGACGGUUGAUCAUCAACUCGCGGCUCUGUUUUUAGUUUUCCCUUCAAUAAAGUUCAACCAUAAAUGUGCU